UCGAGUAAGUAAAACCGGAAACGCUGUAACGACAGCAGUCAUGGCGUCGACAGCGGCGACCCGAGCUGCUGCUGGUGCAUCUAGAGUUGUUAAACCAAUUUUUAGCCGGGACCUGGACGAAGCUAAGCGCAGGGUCCGGGAGCUGUACCGAGCCUGGUACCGAGAGGUGCCUAACACAGUGGCAACGUUUCAGCUGGACAUCACGACGCGUCAGGGAAGAGACAAAGUGAGGGAGAUGUUCGACAAAAACAAGCAAGUCAAUGACCCCCGUGUGAUCGACAUGUUGGUCAUUAAGGGGAAAAUGGAACUCCAGGAAACGAUCCACAUCUGGAAGCAGAAGACCCACAUUAUGCGCUAUUUUCACGAGACAGAGGAACCUCGUGGCACUGACUUCCUGUCCAAAUUCUACCACGGUCACGACCCAUGAACUGUCGGCUGACCUCUGACCCCUCUUUGCUUGUGUCCAGUGACAGAUGUUCCCCUUUAUUGUAAAUACACACUUAACAACCACA